AUGUCCGACAACGUAGGCCUUUCCACCCCGCGCGGCUCAGGAACCUCAGGCUACGUCCAGCGCAACCUGGCACACAUCAAGCCCCGCGACAGCGCCGCCCCCUACCCAAAGGACCUCGACAGCCUGCGCCAUAGACAGCGCCAGCCCGACAAGGGCAUCCUGGAGCACGACCGCAAGCGCGAGAUCGAGGUCAAGGUGUUUGAGCUGCGCGACGAGCUCGAAGAUCAGGAGGUCGACGAGGAUGAGAUCGAGGAGCGCUGCGAGGCCCUCCGCAAGAAACUCACGGCCGAGCAGGAGCGCGGUGCCGCAGGCCGGCGGGGUGGUGCCGGUGCGCCGCCCAGAAAGGGUCUCAAGAUGCACCAGGUGCACGAGCUGGCGGACGCCAAGAUCAAGGAGAGCGAGAGGCUGCGGCGGGCGCUGAAGAUCAGCAAGGACUACGAGGAGGGCAGCCACUGGCGGAGGCAGGAGGAGCGGUUACAGAAGGCUGUGGACAAGGACCAAAGCCGGGACGGGGAGAGGGACUGA